AUGAAAACGCGGGCACAACUGGUUUUCAGUAGCAUAUACACUCCAAUACAUCAAACCAUGUCCUUUUCACUUCAAGAGGUGGACGAUGAGUUCCAUUCGAGAAAAGAACCGAAAGCAAAGGGAAAGAUUUUGAAGCAUAAAGUCAAUACAUCUCAAGUGAAUCUACCUCUUAUCAAACUGUGGUUAGAGGAAGAGAUGCAGAAACACCUUCCGGAUGAUGAUAUCGCAGUGGAAUUUAUAUAUGAGAUGCUAGAAUCCAAUGAGGAGCCAUCUUCAGCUGAGAUACAAGAGCAAUUAGUCAACUUCCUUGGUGAAGAAGAAGGUCGUGCUUUUAGCAAACAAUUGUGGCAGUUGCUUCUCAGUGGCCAAAAGGACAAAGAUGGAAUUCCACAAGAGCUAUUGGAAAAGCGAAAGCAGCAAUUGGCACGAGAAAAGGCAAAGUCUAUGAUUAAUGAGAUGCGGCAAUCCGACUCCAAAAGUUCGGAUUCUGCGUAUGGAAAACCUAGAACUAAACGGGCCUUCACAAAAGACAAAUGGGGUGGCUCUAGUCGUCGAACUGCUUGGAAUCGUACAGACACACAAAAAGAAAAAGGAAAUAGACAUGGCAGGGCCGAAACCCCCGCUCUGAGGCUCCGAGAAAGAUCUCCAGAUAAUGAUCAAAAGAAGACGAAUUACAAUCGGACAAAGGGGCCUGGAGUAAGAGAGCGAGACUAA